AUGAAGGUCGUCUCCAAAGAGGAAGAGGCCGCCCACUACCGCGAGGUCCUCAAGGGCGGCUCCAUCGGCGGCUUCCUCGGCCUCAGCGCUGGCCUCGCCGGCGUCGCAAUCGCAUCGCGCCGCUACACGGCCUUUCGCCAGCUCACCAUCCCCUUCCGCGCCUUCCUCGUCACCUCGACUGGAACUUUUGCCGCCAUCGUCAAUGCCGAGCGCUACUCCAACGACUUCCACAAGCGCAACAACCCCAUGAACUUCUACAAGGACCAGGCCCAGCUUGCCCAGGAGGCCGCCCGCGCCCAGGAGACGGGCCUGCAGGCCGCAAAGGAAUGGGGCCGCAGGAACCGCUACUCAAUCGUCUUUGCCUCGUGGCUCGCCAGCAUGGGCAUCGCCCUCGCCAUGGUCGGCCGCAACAAGUACCUCUCCACUUCGCAGAAGCUCGUCCAGGCCCGUGUCUACGCACAGGGGCUCACCCUCGCCGUCCUCGUCGCCUCGGCCGCCUUCGAGACCGCAGACGCAAAGUCCGGCUCGGGUCGCUGGGAGACCGUCAAGGUGCUCGACCCGGCCGACCCGGAGCACAAGCGCCUCAUUGAGAAGAAGGUGCACAAGGAGGAGUACGAGGGCCAGGACCUCUGGAAGGACAUGGUCGCCGCCGAGGAGCGCAGGAUAAACGAGCGCAAGCACGAGCACGAG